GACGUAUGGCAAUGGUACAAACGAAAACUUUUGGUUUUCACGUAAGCAGACGACGGAGGAAUGUUGAAAAGCAAGUGAAAACCCUGACAUAAUAAAGCAUUCCCGCUUUUUUUCUUAACCUUUAUCAGCUUUGUAAGUUCGUAUUCUUUAAACCUAAAGCAUAAGAGGAAUUUGUUAUUCUGUGGACCAAUGAAUUCGAAUAGUAACGAAGGAAAUAGUAACCAAGAUGAAUACCUAUAUCCACCAGAAAUUUUAAGGAACUUACAAUUUAAGGGAAGUUAUGUUGAUUUCAAUCCGCCUAUUUCGAUAUCAAAUCCAGGAGACAAUUUGCUUAUUAGACCGCUUCGUUUAAGUGAUUAUCAUAAAGGUUAUUUAGAUUUAUUAGCUCAACUUACAAGAGUAGGAGAAGUUUCUGAGAGCACUUUUAAGGAAACUUUUCACUUUAUGAAAAUGUGUAAAAAUUGUUACUUCAUCACAGUUAUAGAAGAUCUUCUCACUAAUCAAGUGAUAGGAACUGCAACCUUGGCAGUAGAAAAGAAAUUUAUACAUUCUGCUGGACUGAGAGGAAGACUUGAAGAUGUUGUCGUUAGCAAUGAUUAUAGAGGGAAGCAGCUUGGAAAAUUGAUUGUUAUAACAAUACGUUUACUGGCAGAACAUAUUGGAUGUUAUAAGAUUACCCUUGAUUGCAAAGAUAAAAUGGUGAAAUUUUACAAACAAUUUGGAUUUGUCUGUGAAACAGGAAACAAUAAUAUGAUGACUAUUAGAUUCAAAGAAUAAGUGAAACAG